AUGAAAACUCGCAAUUUUUUUAUCUUAAUAAUUAUCGGAACUAUCGCUUUAGUUAUAUUUUCUUGGCUAACCCAUCCGAAACAAACUCCCUGGACUAUAAAUAACUUUAUUAAUUCUAUGACUACCGAGAAAAAAAAGCCUUCUCUUAAUGAUACGCUUUCGAUAUCGUCUACAAAAAAAUUGAAGCGCGACGAUCGCGCCACUAAAACUCAACCUAAACCGACUAAAAAAAAGAAAACUUUCUCUUUCCCCCCACCAUUAUAUUCUGUUGUUCCAAAUAAAUGGUAUUACAGCAAAACUUUCGAUCGAUUUGGCCAAAGAAAGCCUAAAUGUCAAGCAAUACGUCAUGGAAUUCCAGAAGAAGUGCAAUUUAUUAAAAAAACUCUAUCACUAGCAAGUAACCGUACAUAUUUGAAUGAUCUAGUCUUACGAGAGCUAACUGAAGUAUGUGACAACAAACUUUAUGAUUCCUACGCUCACGAAGCGACAAAAAAUCAGCGCGAAGAGGAAGAAUAUCCUAUAUCCUUCGGAGUAUAUAUUAAUGAAGGAGGAGAGCAGACUGAACAAUUCUUACACAGGAUAUAUCGACCGUAUAAUUACUACUGCUUGAAAUUAUCCAGUCAAUUAUCAAAGCCAUUUCACCAGGCUAUGGUUAAUAUAGCAAACUGUUUAAAAAAUGUCCAUGUUGUUAAAUUGCCCGAUGUGGUUCAUGACGAGCAUAAGAAGAUAGAUUCAGAUCUUCAGUGUAUAAAAAAAUUGCGAAAUUACAAAUGGAAAUAUUACAUUAAUAUCCAAGAUAACGACUAUCCAUUGGUAACUAAUCUGAAGUUAGUACAGUAUUUAAAGUCUUUAAAUGGAUACAAUGCUAUCAAUUCAAGAGCAAGUAAAGAAAUAAUCAGUAAAAAAACGCCUGCUACUGAAUCGAAUUCAAAAACGCCAAGUAAUGUUCCAGCUGUUAAUGUUGAGAAGCUGAAACAAGCCACUGGUGGAAAACUCUACGUAGGCGAUGACAUUUUUAUAGCUACGUCGUCAUUUUGCAAUUUUGUUAUUCAAAACUCAAUAGCUAGUGAACUACAAAAUUACUUAAAGAAUGUUCGUAAGCCGGAGAUUUAUUAUUGGGCGACUUUACAAAGGAUAUCUGAUAUACCUGGAGGCUAUGGUCACAAAGAAUCUAGCAAGACUUAUGAUUAUAAUAUUCGCUUAGUAAAAAAGCGCUCAGAUAAUAUUGCCUGUCAUGGAAGUUGGAACAUUAACAACAUCUGCACCUAUGGCUCUGGUGAUUUAAAAUGGAUUUAUGAUGAGAAACAUGCUGGUUUCUUAUUUGCGGAUGGUAAAUUUGCCAUCAUGAAUUUUGGAGCGUCGGUGUAUAUAUUCCCAUUUGGUUGCUUUAUUGUCUGA